AUGGUGCAAGUACGUUACACUCGUAACCUGUUCCUGCGCGGGAUCUGCAUUAUAUAUUUGUUCGCCUUCCUCAGCUUUUACGUACAAAUCCCGGGAUUGUACGGUGAUAAUGGAAUUCUGCCAGCCAGAACAGAAGUGGAUUUCAAGAAACGCACACUAUUCAACAAGCUGAAGCAGAAGCCAACAUUAAUAUGGUUUGCACCAUAUCUAGGCUUAAAUGUGGAAUAUAUGCUGGAUGUGUUGGCUCUUCUUGGAGUUAUUUCCUCCUUUGCAGGAUUUGUCUCGCAAAAAUUCUGCAAUGCUUCAGUAUUUGCAGGGCUGUGGUCUCUGUAUUACUCCUUGUACCAGAUUGGGCAAACAUUUAUGUGGUUUCAAUGGGAUGUUUUAUUGCUAGAGGUAGGAUUUCUAUGUAUAUUCAUAGCACCAUUUUGGUAUUCACGCUGGAAGUCAAACACUCCAAGCGAUGCCAUGGUGUUCUGGAUGGUACGCUGGUUGCUCUUCCGUCUCAUGUUUUCUAGCGGAGUAGUGAAACUUACUUCGGGAUGUCCAAUGUGGUGGAAGUUGGAUGCUCUAAAUGUUCAUUUCGAGUCUCAGUGUAUACCUACUCCUCUGGCAUGGUACGCUCAUCAUCUACCAGCAUGGUACCUUCGUCUGGCUACUGUCUUUGCAAACGUCAUUGAGCUCGCUGUACCAUUCUUAUUUUUCUUUCCCGACAUAAAAGUGAGAAAAGUGGCAUUUUAUGCUCAGGUGUUUCUACAAAUAUGUAUCAUUGCCACUGGAAAUUACAAUUUCUUCAAUUUCUUAACCAUCUGCUUAUGCAUAUCCUUGCUGGAUGAUCAGUUCUUUUACAAACGACGAUCCCGAGGUGACGCGUCUCAUAUGCUCACAAUGAGCACCGAAUCUACUCUACUAGCUGUGGUGGUUUACGGAGCGUUAAUGUAUGGAACGUACCUUUGUUAUGACCUUAAGAUAACAAACUGGACCAUUCAAUCGAAUAUUGCAUUUACUAAGGAACAAUUCGAUUAUAUCCUAUCUCGUGUAAUACCUUUUUCUAUAUAUAUUGGCACGAUCUCUCUCGGAGUUACGACGAUGUACGCGCUAAUUAAUUCGGCAUAUUUCACGAAAGGGAUGUACAACAAAAUGACGUCGACUAUAGUUACGAUUUUCUACGGCUUAGUCGUAUGGUCGAUCUUCACUAUAAGUCUCGUGCCGUAUGCCGUUUCACAUGCGUCUAACUCGACGAUACCUCCUAAAUUGAUAGAAAUUCACACCAAGGUGAAUCAUCUUCAUUUGGUGAACAGCUACGGCUUGUUUCGUCGUAUGACCGGAAUCGAAGGUAGACCGGAAGUUAUAAUAGAGGGCAGCGACAGUAUCGAUGGGCCAUGGAAGGAAUAUGAAUUUUUAUACAAACCAGGAAACGUUAACAACUCGUUACCGUUUGUUGCGCCUCAUCAACCUCGCCUCGAUUGGCAAAUGUGGUUCGCCGCUUUAAGUACAUACAACCGCAAUCCCUGGUUAAUGCCGUUAGUUUAUCGUCUGUUGACUGGGCAACCUGAGGUAUUAGCGCUAAUGAACACCGUCGAGAGUCCAUUCCGAGACAGACCGCCGAAAUAUAUCAAGGCCGAACUCUAUUAUUACCGUUAUACGCCAUGGAGCCAGACAUCGAAUACUUAUGCUUGGUGGACCAGGGAAAAAAUAGGAGAAUAUUUCCCAAUAUUCAGCCGAGAUCAUCCACCACUUCUCGAAUAUCUGAAGAAUAUGAAAACUCUGCAAGAUAAGCCAAGUCCCAAGAUCACAAACGAGACGCUCAGAUGGAUUUUGGAUUGUUUGAGGAGUUUGGUCGGUAAAAUGGAAGCGUGUCUACUAUUGUGGAGUGUUCUCACAGCGGGAUCGGCUAUAAUUGUAACAGGUUACAGCAAUUCGAUUUCGAAAAAGAAGUAAUUACCAAGCAAUAAUCAUUACGAAAACUUGUGAGUUAUAAAACUAAAAAAGAUAUUGAGUGUUGAUAAAAUAGAAUACGAACUAUAAAAUAUACACACGUAUACCGAUUAAGAAUUACUUGCAUUAUGAUGCAACUGAAGGACAUGCAGAUAUUACUUUUCCUUUUUUUUGUAACAUAUCUCUGCAUUUAUUCUUCUCAUCUAAUAGAUCUCUGUCGGACAAUAUUAAUCGUUAUACAUAUGUAACGAUCGGUCGUAUAUAACACAUUACGCAUGCAAUGAAUCUCCAUUAAAAUCAAUCUGAAUUCAGAAAGAUGAAGAUAUGACGUUUAUUGUUUUGUAUAAAUUAAGCGAUGAAUUCAGUAAAGGAGAUAUGACUAUAUUGUUCAUCGUUCAAUGAACGAUAUUUUCCGAAUGCAUUUUAUUGCGUCUUGUUUAUAUUAAUAAAAUAAUAUCCAUGUUUUUAUAACACUGAUUGCAGGAAACGUGUAUAUUAUUUAUAGUAUCUUAAAAUUAUCGUAUCUCUCAUUUCAUAAAUAUUGUUGUAUAAUGUAA